AUAACAAUUCAUUAUUCCAUCAAUUUAGCAACUUAUUUUCACACAUUUUCAAUUCAGUUUUACAUCUCUCUGACUCCAAAUUCCUGAGCUUCGAUCAAUUUCAGUGAUCAACUAUGUCUUCUCAAGAACGUGAUGUCGUUCACUUCUUCAAGGUUAUUCUUGAAAAGAACCUUCUUGAUGAUGGAUUUCUGAGAUUGCCAAAGAGUUUUGUGCAUAAUUACUGGAAACGAAUUACGUCACGUUCUGUUUUUCUAAGUCUUCCAAACGGAGCUGAAUUGGAAGUUCAUUGGUCAAGGGAUGAACGUGGUGACGUUGUGUUUGGCCACGGUUGGAAAGAGUUUGCACAAUACGUGUCUCUCCAAGCGACACAGUUUCUCUUGUUCCGUUAUGAACUGAAAAAAACUAAUAAUAAUAAUAAUAAUAAGUUUUAUGUUAUAGUUUUGGGUUCAAGUGGUUUAGAAAUUAAGUACCCAUGUUCUAAUUCUGAGAAAAAAAAUGAAAAUGUUAAUGUUAAUGUUGUUGAAAAAGGGCAAAAGGGUGAAAAAAAGAGUGAUGGUUCUUUUGAGUUUGUUAAUGGAAAAAGACGGAAAUCUCUCUUGUCACCGCCACAAUCACCACCUCCACCACCACCACCACUGGUAAUUUCCGAUGAUGAAACUAAUAGUUUCAAAAGGAAGAGUAUUAUAAAAGAAGAGCCUGAAGAUUACUCUAUUGAUGGUGAAAUCAAUACCACUAAAAGAAAAAGGAGAGCUUCUAGGAAUUUUGAUUAUAUUGCCAAGGAAAAAGAUUAUGAUAAUCCAGAAGUGUUGGACAAUAAAACCAUGAAGAAGUUUCAAGAGAAAGUGAAGAGUAGGUUCCAAACUGGGAAUCCAUUUUUUGUAUGUGCACUUGGGAAAACCUAUUCUGACAGAGACCUCUUGGUUAUACCAAGCUAUUUUGCUAAACCAAUUCUUGGGAAUAAAGAAGGAAAUGCAAAGCUCUUUCUUGUUGAUGAUCCGAACAAAUGUUGGGAUGUGCAGAUGAGAAUUUCUGCUUGCAGACAAUUUAUAAUUACAAAUGGUUGGAAGAAAUUCUCAACAUUCUAUAGUUUAAAACUUGGUGACGCUUGUGUCUUUGAGUUGGUCGAUCCAAUCGAUAUUUUAUUCAAAGUUCAUAUUCGUAGUUAUGGAGAAGACCCUUUGACUCCUAGCUCUCCUGAAUAUUCAGAGCAAGAAGGCCCUUCUUAUAGGCCUCCUUCUUCUUCUUCUUCACCAUUCCCUAAAAAGCAUAAAACUUCUAAAGCUAAUUUCGGAUCCAUGCCCAAGAAUGAAUGACUUCACCAUACACAUCAAGCAUGAACAAGUCAUUAUGCGGUGAUACCAACUGAAUACAUAAAGAAUUACAGUGUAAGCAGUGGAACAAUUUUGCAACCUUGCAAGUUCAUGAGAAGAGAGAAUGGAAGGUGAAAUUACUUUAUUAUCCAAAUAAUGGGUAUGCACGAUUUUCUCAAGGUUGGAGUAUGGUGAUUAUUGUCACUUUGAGCUUAUUGAUUUGGAGAAUCUUAAGUUCCAAGUUUCAAUUAGAAAAGGACACUAGAGUUGGUUUAUAAUAUUAUAUGUACGUAACACUCAGAAGUUAAAAAAUAUAGUUUAAUAGAUAAUUUCAUUUUUCAUGAUGUAUUGAUGAUAUGAAGUUUUUCUUUUUGUCUGUUC